GAUGCAUACUUAUUCCCCCCCUCUCCUCCUCCUUGCCCUGCUUGGCGUUGCCUCUCUUGUAAUUUAAAUCCCAGGUGGAGGAAGGAAGGAAGGAAGGAAGGAAGGAGAAGACAGAGGCGGUGAGUGAUCGAUCGAGUGUUUCUCCAUCCCUUGGGCCUCCAUUGUUUUCUUACAUCCCCCUCCACUCCAUCUCUUGCUUCCCAAGCCUUAACCCCUUCCCCUUCCCUUUCCCUCCCUUGCCUUAGCCAUUAACCACGCCCCAAAUCCAACCUUCAAAGCUUUCCUCCUCCUCCUCCUCCUGCCCGUCGUCUUUGGGCGAUAACUAACCUCCGCAAGGUAAACAUUUCCUCUACUGCUCAUUUUCGUUGGGUUCUGCUGCUGCUCAUUUCUAAUCUAACCCAUUUUCGUUUGGCCUCUUCAUUCAGUUCAUAGCUCCUUCAUCUCUUCUCUUCUCUAGGUGAGUGAGUUUUCUUGUGCUUGGCUCUCCAUCGAUUGUCACUCCCCUCGCUCGGCGGCGUGUUCUUUUCUGCUCCAUACAAUAAUCCUUCCUGCAAUAAAGUUGUCCACAACGCUUUGAUGCGACGAAUGUUUUGUGCAUAUGGACACGACACUCGCCUUCCCUUGCGUUUCCCGUCCAAAAGUUUCACAAAAUUUGGCCUCUUCCCCAUCUCGAUGCUGCUGAUGCCGAUGCUGUCAGUGAUUCCAGCUGUUCCCAAAAUUAAGAAGAGACUAUUAUUAACACAAAAUUGGCUUUGCUAACUCCCAGUUCCUCGCGGUUAUCAGUUUCUUUAAUCACCCAGCCAGCGGUUGGAGCCAGCGGUUGCAUAUAUGCUCGCAUUGCAUCCCCCUUCCUUGCAACUCAACUGCACGCCCGAGACAGAGAGUGCAGGCGCCCGCCAUGGAUGAUUAGAUAGAGGUGCCAUGGAUGAUUAUACCUGCUUCUGCGUGCGUGCUUGCAGGAUCCAUGGGUGAACACCUCGCGCUGCUGGUGGACCGGCUGCUCACGGAGUCCACGCUGGAGGUGGCCAUCGGGACCAGGAAGCAGGCUGAGCCGGAGGACACGCCGGCGGCGAUCGUCUACUGCUGUGACAUCGCCGACCCGAGCAAGAUGGUGGAGUGCAGGAUCUGCCAGGAGGAGGACUGGGACGCCGGCAUGGAGGCACCCUGCGCCUGCCGCGGCAGCCUCAAGUACGCGCACCGAAAAUGCAUCCAGCUUUGGUGCAAUGAGAAGGGCGACACCGUCUGCGAAAUAUGCUUGCAGCAAUUCAGGCCAGGUUACACUGCCCCACAGCAGCUGUUCCACUAUGGAAGCAUACCAAUGAACUUCAGGGGGAACUGGGAGGUAGCGCGGCACGAUCUCCACGACUCGCAGGUGAUAACAAUGGUGCCCUCGGAGCGCGACUUCAUGGACGAGUACGACGACUACUUUCCGGUCAGGACGAGGAGCAGCGCCAUGUGUUGCCGGACAGUCGCCAUCAUUUUCCUGGCCCUCCUGGUUCUCCGGCACACUCUUCCUCUCAUGGUCGGCGGCGACGGGGAGUACUCGUUUGCUCUGUUUUUGUUCCUUGUGCUGAGGACCGCCGGGAUUCUGUUUCCGAUCUUGGUGAUGGUGAGAGCAAUGGCAACCUUCCAUCGUCGUCGCCGCCAACAGGGAAACCAGGGAACUUACAUGUUCUUCUCGGACACCGACGACGAGGACGAUGACGACGAGGAGGAAGAAGAGGAUGCCGACACCGAUCCUGCGCUGCCUCACUACCAACCACGCAUUAUCCCCGUCUACUGACACCAUAUAAGUCAGCGCGGCGUAGAUGUGGUUAACAGAAGCAAAGAUCCCAAGAAACAGGGGAAAAGAUACUGAUGUAGUAGGAUAGUCUGAAGCCACUCGCUUCUGUGUGCACAAGAACUAGAAGAAUGCAGUGGCUCUGUACAUACCACAAGACUGACCCAGACGAUGUAACUUGUGAGCUUCUCUAGCUCCCCCAUGUACUCGAGAGAUCACCUAAAAUUACUUGCAAAAUGCAUGGAAUUACAGGCCUGCAUCUGAGCUGGUGAUCCUGCAACUCAUGCUCGAUCCACAGUUCUUUGGUUUGUCUUACUGACAUGUG